AUGGCUGGACAAGCUUUCAGAAAGUUUCUCCUGCUCUUUGACAGAGUAUUGGUUGAAAGGAGUGCUGCCAAAACUGUGACCAAAGGUGGCAUUAUGCUUCUGGAAAAGUCUCAAGGAAAAGUAUUGCAAGCAACGGUAGUGGCUUGUGGGAUCAGAUGCCAAGGAAAGGCUGGAGGGAUUCAACCAGUCAGUGUGAAAGUUGGAGAUGAAGUUCUUUUCCCAGAAUAUGGAGGUACCAAAGUAGUUCUAGAAGACAAGGAUUAUUUCUUAUUUAGAGAUGGUGAUAUUCUUGGAAAGUAUAUGGACUGA